GUGAUCAGUCGCCUUCCUUCUGACCGCCACUUCAGUGUCGGAAGCUUCAAAAAUAACAUCUAAGCUCCAAAUCGACGAAUUAUAACAGAAGCGCACGUGCUAGCGCCUGCUGCAGCGAGCUCAAGAUGGCGUGUAGAACUUUGCUGGGAACCCUUCUCCUAUGGCUGCUGGCAGCUCCGGCUGUCCAUGCGUACCAAGACAAGAGUGAAAAGGCACAAUAAACUGGUAAUGAUAGACCGCUACUCCAUGAAGACAAGCACGCCUCUGCAGCAGCUGCUGUGCUGGGCAGCAGCGUCUGCUCUGCUCUGCGCGGUGGCUCAGGCUGGGCAACCGGCGUCAGCAGCGUUGACAAGCACCAGCUUUGAAUCCUUCACAUGGCGCAACACAACACAACUCGAAGUGUGCUUCUACGACGUGCCGACCACAACUAAUCCAAAGACAAAUAGGUUGAAUGUUGCUCCAAUAGACUUUACCUACGAGACAAUUUCCAUUGAGUGUACCGGCACUCCCUUCACGUUCGCGUACGAUGAUAACGAAACCAACGUCUUCAUUUCGCCUGGCUGCGCUGAGCCAGCUAAUGGAGGGCUUCUCUGCGGCGCUGUUGAAGUUGAUCCCGACACGCUGAGCUACGACACAUUGCAAACAUAUCAGGUCUUCACCGAAAGCUUGAGGGCUUCAUCCAAGUUUCGCAUGUUUAUAAAACCUGAGGUUCUUUUCAUGGAUCGUUUGAAGGAGGCGCAGGUAACAAUGGUAAGGGGUGUGGGCGCCGACUACAAUAUCAGCAACUGCACUUUACUGACCACCUCAACCUGCUACUUCUCUGACCUCAACGUUAUUGACCUCCUCUGCACCGAGACCCUCGACGAGCAGGGAG